AUGCGUGGAACAAAACGACAACGAGAGCCGGACAAUCAUGAGGUAGAAGGUGCACAAGUCAAUGAUUAUUACGCAAACGGAAUAAAUAGCAAUGUUGAUGGUGGCUAUGGUGACGAGAAUAGCAUUUUGAGGGAGAAUAAUAAAGAAAAGGGAAAGGGCAAGGCGGCGAUAAAGGUUGAUGUUAACCUGAGGCAUAUUGUGCGCGGUAAUAAUGCAAAAAGACAAAGAUUCGAAGCCGAAGAAGAAAUUUCCAGAGCGUUGUUAACAUACGACGAUUCCUCGUCGAGCUCCUCCUCAUCUGAAUCGAAUGUUGCCACGCCUAUAUCAUACUCUCCUCCUUAUUAUGAACAAUUUAACGUCGACUCGAAUACAUUUCAUUUUCCUCAUCAUUAUCCCCACUCUCCUCACAAAAUGCAUCCAAUUCGAAUCUCAACACGCUCUAAUCCAUCCGCGUCAUCUUCGGAACUUUUGAACCCAUACGACAACAUCAACUCUGUACUAUACCUCGCACAUCUUAUGCGUAACUCGCAUGUUGUCAGUGAAUUGGAAGAAGACUUGGGGGAUAUGGAAAUCGAUGAACCGGAUGAUAACUUAUCUCAGAAUAGUAAUGAAAUUAAUAAAGGAAGCAAUUGUUAUGGCGGUAAAUCUGUAAACGAUGCAUCAUUGGAUUACUCUGGCAUCAAUUCGAUAUUAAGAGAAGCAUUUUUGAGACGUCGUAGCUCUGCUGGUGGCUUUACAUUAUAA